AUGGAUCGCAGUUGGAUGAAUGUUAAUCGUUUGAGUGAAGAGUAUGAAAAGGGAGUUGAGGAGUUUUUACAAUUUGCUUUAAAAAAACUUCCUGAAAGUAAAGGAAGGUUUUAUUGUCCUUGUGUUAUUUGUUUGAAUGAAAAUACAUUACAUUUUGAGGAAAUACGAAGUCAUCUUAUUUGUUCUGGGAUUGACCUGAACUAUAUCAGAUGGAUAUGGCAUGGUGAUUCGUUAAACAUGUCAAAUACCCCAGAAAGAGAUGAUGUUAAUGUAGAUAUGAACGAUCAACUAGAGGACAUGAUACGUGAUGUUGGACAAGAGUCCUUUAAUCGUGCACAUGUAUAUGAUAAUUUGUGCAGUGACAAAGAAGAGCCUUUGUAUCCGGGAUGCACUAACUUCACACGGUUGUCUGCGGUAUUGAGAUUGUUCAACUUGAAGGCGAGAAAUGGCUGGACAGAUAAAAGCUUCACUGAAUUACUUGAAUUGUUGAAAGAAAUGCUCCCAGAAGGUAACACAUUGCCGAAUCGUAACUAUGAGGCAAAGAAGUUAUUGUGUCCAAUGGGCAUGGAGUAUAGGAAAAUACAUGCAUGCCCUAAUGACUGUUUAUUGUAUAGAAAUGAGUUUGAAGAGUUGACUAAGUGUCUUAGGUGUGGACUAUCACGCUACAAAAUGAAGGAUGGUGAUUCCAUUUAUGACGAAAGCUCAAAGAGACCUCCUGCGAAGGUGUUAUGGUAUCUUCCAAUAGUUCCAAGGUUCAAACAUUUGUUUGCUAAUACAAAUGAUGCAAAGAUUGUAAGAUGGCAUGCCAAUGAGAGGAAGCGUGAUAGACAACUUCGUCACCCAGCUGAUUCUUUGCAAUGGAAGAAAAUUGAUGAUUUGUACCCGAAGUUCGGAAGUGAGCCAAGGAACCUUAGGCUUGGACUUGCUACAGAUGGAAUGAAUCCAUAUGGAAACUUAAGUAGUAACAAUAGUUCAUGGCUUGUUCUACUAGUUAUCUACAACCUACCUCCUUGGAUUUGCAUGAAGCGUAAAUACAUUAUGUUAUCUAUGAUGAUUUCAGGUCCAAAACAACCUGGAAAUAACAUAGAUGUUUAUCUAAGUCCAUUGAUUGAAGAUCUGAGAAUGCUUUGGGAAGGUGUUGAUGUGUUUGAUGGGUAUUCUCGUGAAUAUUUUAAGAUGCGUGCAAUGCUAUUUUGCACCAUCAACGACUUUCCUGCAUAUGGAAACUUGUGUGGCUAUAGUGUUAAGGGACACAAAGCAUGUCCUAUAUGUGAAGAAGGAACAUGCUACCAACAAUUGAAACAUGGAAGAAAAAUUGUUUAUGUUGGGCAUCGAAAAUUUCUCAAGUCUAAUCAUUCAUACCGUAAGUUGAGAAAAGCGUUUAAUGGACACCAAGAGUAUGAAAUUUCUCAAAAAGCCUUAACUGGGGAGCAAGUUUAUCAACGGGUUAAGGAUAUAAAUGUUAUCUUUAGAAAGAACCAAAAGCAGACAUCUGAGAAAAAUAUAUGGAAGAAGAAGUAUGUGUUCUUUGAUCUUCCUUAUUGGUCUAGUCUAGAUGUAAGACAUUGUCUUGAUGUGAUGCAUGUAGAGAAAAAUGUGUGUGAUAAGAAAAAUGUGUGUGAUAGUGUAAUUGGAACACUUCUCAACAUUCCGGGGAAAACAAAGGAUGGCUUAAAUUCUCGUCUAGAUAUGGUUGAUAUGGGUAUACGACAACAAUUAGCUCCACAAUCAACAGUUAGGGAGAUUAAAUUAUGUGGUCCUGUUUAUUUGAGGUGGAUGUAUCCAUUUGAGCGUUACAUGAAGAUUUUAAAAGGAUAUGUGAAGAAUCCACACCGUCCUGAAUCAUCUAUUGUUGAAAGGUACAUAGCAGAAGAGGCUAUUGAGUUUUGUUCUGACUAUAUGUCAAAAGCAGAAGCCAUAGGAAUUCCUAGAUCUCGUAAUGAGGGAAUAUGUGUGGGUAAUGGUAUACGAGGCUUAAAACUUAAGAGCAUGGGACGAGAGGAAGUACUUCAAGCACAUUUAUAUAUAUUGAAUAACACUGAUGAGGUUCAACCUUACCUUUCUACUCAUAAAAGCAUUGUGAAGGAAAAUUAUCCUAGAAUGAAUGAAAAAUGGUUGUUGAAUGAGCAUAACAAGACUUUCUUAAAAUGGUUUAAAGAAACCAUUUUAACCAACAAUACAACUUCUAAUACACUAAAAUGGCUAGCAAAUGGGCCUCACUUUGAUGUCAUAACUUGGACUGACUACGAUAUCAAUAAUUCUACAUUCUACACAAAAAGUCAAGAUGACAGUAGUACCAUGCAAAAUAGUGGGGUUAUGGUCGUAGCUGAGUCCAUGCAUUUCUCUAGUUCAAAAGAUAAAAACCCUGUUACAGCAUCCAUACCUUACUUUGAGACCAUUGAAGAGAUUUGGGAUGUCGAUUUCAUUAAAUUUAAAGUGCCUGUUUUUAAAUGUAAAUGGAUUGACAUCAAUAAUGGUGUUAAAAUUGAUGAAUUUGGUUUUACAUUGGUGGACCUUGAAAAGGUAGCAUAUAAAGAUGAGCCUUUUAUUAUGGCAUCCCAAGCAAAACAAGUGUUUUAUGUUAGUGAUCCUUCUAACAAAAAAUGGUCAGUGGUUCUCCAAGGUAAAAGUUUUUAUGGAGCAAAUGAAAGUCUAGAUUCAACGCUAGAUGUUUUUGAGACUCCUCCAUUCUCACAACGAAUACUUACUUUUGUUGAAGAAACUAUAGUGGACGAUGAGUAUGCCACUCGUGAUGAUCAUCAAGAAGGCAUAUGGGAGAAUAUUCAAACAUAA